AUGGCCUCCUCAAAACUCAAUCAAGGACAAUACUACAUAGAAUGCGACAUUUGUAAUAAUCCUAUAAACUUCAAAUGCAAAAGAUGUUUUGUGAACCUAUGCACCACAUGUGUAGGACCACACCUGCUUUCCAAAUCAGAAAAUGGACAUAAUGUUGUAAAAUAUAAUGAACAAAGCAAUCCGGAGGUUGGAGAGUGCCUUGUCCAUCCCCAGCAACAGUGUUGCUCUUUUUGCAAAACAUGUGAUAUUCCUGUCUGUGUCCUGUGUUUAACAAUCAAGCACAAAGAACAUGACACUUGCGAAUUAUCCGAGAAAGUCGGCAUAUUAUCUGAUUUUAUCACGGAAAAAAACAAACAGCUACAGUCCAUGCGAUCAAAAUUUGAAACAGUUCUUGCUCAUAUCAUUGCAAGAUCGGCGGUACUCCCACAAGUAUACAAACAGACAAAAAGCAACGUUUCUUCCUUUGCCAGAGAGAGGCAUCAGGAUAUUGAUAAAACAGAGAAGGCAAUGCACAAAGACCUAGAUCAUAUGCAAGAAAAACACUCUGAUGAAUUAUUAAAGAAGAAGCGAGAAUUUGAAAAAAUCGAAAAGAAAUUUAAAAGCCUAAAACAAAAAGUUUUCAGCUUAGCAAAAUCCAAAGAUGUUUCUGGUUUAAUGAAACUUAAGCUUGAAAUUGAAAAUCAACAAGUACCAACUUUCAUAGAAGAAAUACGCCCGGCAUUCUUUCAACCUUGCAUGAUGAAUGAAAGUUUAACAUCAUCGUACUUAGGUCACAUAGAGACAAUUGCAUCGCACAGGUUAACUAUUGACAACCUGACACAAGGAGAUAAACUCUCAUCACAGCUCUCAGUACUAGAUGUACCUAUAGUUCUGUCUACCAUUGACACAGGGUUUCCAGCUAAUAAAACAAACAAUAACCGCCUUUAUGCCGUGGUUCCCAUCAGUGACGACAGAUUCUGGGCAGGAGGAGAAAGUAAAGAGGUCAAGUUGUUUGAUGUCCAAGGACGUCUUCAAGACACUCUCAUCAAAAACGAUAUAGGAUUACACUUGACUCAUCUUAAUGAAAACGUCGUGUACAUCGAUUAUACUAAAAAGUCUGUCAAUAGUUUAAAAGAAAGUAUAGAUCAUACGUGUUUCUUUAUCGGAGAGUGGGAUUCUUAUGGCAUUGCCUGCACCGGGGCAGGGGACCUCCUUGUCUGUCUCUACAAGACAGACAAAACAGACUCCAAAAUUGUAAGAUACAGCAGUUCCGGUGACGUGCUGCAAGAAAUCCAGUACGAUUCCCAGUACCAGCCUCUGUUUAAAAGAGCAGUUUACGCUGUGGAGAAUGGAAACGGCGACAUUUGUGUAGCUGACUGGGAUAAAAAUGCCGUCACAGUUGUUGACAAUCUCGGAAUAUUCAGGUUCUCUUACACAGGGAACAAAGCAACCAAGGAUGAAAUUAGAUAUUGCUCCCUGACAACAGACAGCAUGCAUCACAUCAUCAUCAAUGACUUCCUUCACCACAAGAUUCACAUGCUGGACAGGGACGGUCGAUUCCUGAGGUACAUCAUUCCUGAUCAAGGGAUAAAGAAUCCGCGUGCCGUGUGUGUCAUUAGGGAGGGGGAGUUAUUGGUGGGGGAGUGUAUAACGGGAAUAAUCAAGAGAAUAAAGUACCUAGCCUAA